AUGAAUUCUCAAGAUGAAAAUAUCGUGGUCAUGUCUCAAAUGGAAAAUGCUACAGAAAUGAAUGAAGCAUUGACUAAAACGAGUGAGAUGGAAAAUAUAUAUGGUACGCCACAAGGUCCCGGGGGAAUGGUUAAUCCAUUUGCUUAUUUUACUCCAGGAUUUCAAGCGAACUUUGCAUACAAUCCAACAGAUGCAUCGACAUCUCCUCUUGUCAGCCAAAAAAAUGGAGUCGGCUUAUCAUACAAGCAAGUGCUAAAUGCUCCCAUGUAUUCUUUCCAGCCAACAUAUGUUUACCAUGCACAAACAAAUCCUGCGCAAAAAAAGGCUAAGACGAAAGAUAACAACUUCAUGAUCUCUCAAACUCUUGAAAAUGACAAAUUCAAUAAGACUUGGAGCAAAGAUAAAGAUGUUGCAUUGACGAAGGCUUGA